AUGGGAAAGAGUCAGAACACCCUGGACGGGCACGUAUCCGGACAGGCCAACAAGCCAUUGACCGCUCCUGCCCAUGCUCUCAAGUGGAAGGAUGUGGCCGAGCAAUUAAACGCCGAUAUCGACGACGGCUUGACCGAAAGUGAAGCCAAGACGAGAUUAGAAGAAUAUGGCAACAACGAGCUUGGAGAUGGCCAAAAGGUCAACCCAGGCAAGAUUCUAGUGCGGCAAAUAGCAAAUGCUAUGACCCUAGUGCUUGUUCUGGCCAUGGUCGUGUCUUUUGCAAUUCAGUCUUACAUUGAGGGAGGUGUCAUUUCAGGUGUCAUCUUCAUCAAUAUUGCAGUUGGCUUCUACCAGGAAUUUCAAGCGGAAAAGACUAUGGACUCUCUACGAUCGCUCAGCUCGCCCACUGCGCAGGCAGUACGGGACGGCGAGUCAAAAUCUCUUGCCACUGCUCACAUAGUUCCAGGAGACUUGGUCGAGCUCAAGACUGGCGACACCAUUCCUGCUGACGUUCGACUUAUCGAUGCCGUCAACUUCGAAACCGACGAGGCGCUGUUGACUGGAGAGUCACUGCCAGUGCGUAAGGCGGCCAACGAUGUUUUCGACGAUGCCACGGGACCUGGUGACCGCUUGAAUGUCGCCUACAGCUCCUCUACUGUCACGAAAGGCCGCGCGACCGGUAUCGUGUUCGCCACUGGCAUGUAUACUGAAAUCGGAUCCAUCGCCGCUGCUCUCAGGAAGAAGAACAGCAAAAUCAGGCCUGUCAAGCGCAACGAACAAGGCAAGGCUAAGCCACACCGAUACCUUCAGGCUGCGAUCCUCACCUGCACUGAUGCCAUUGGUCACUUCCUUGGUGUCAGUGUUGGAACUCCUCUGCAGAAGAAACUUUCGCGAUUAGCAGUGCUGCUUUUCUUCAUUGCUGUUAUCUGUGCAAUCGUCGUUCUUGGAGCCAACGACUUCAGCAACCAGAGAGAGAUCAUCAUCUACGCAGUUGCAACUGGUCUAUCUAUGAUUCCGGCCUCCUUAGUCGUGGUCUUGACUAUCACCAUGGCCGCCGGUACCAACCGCAUGGUCGAACGUAAUGUCAUUGUUCGCAACCUGAGAUCGCUCGAAGCACUUGGAGCUGUCACUGACAUCUGCUCCGACAAGACCGGAACUCUGACCCAAGGCAAGAUGGUUGCCAAGAAGGCAUGGAUUCCAGCUAAAGGUACAUACACGAUCGAAGAGACCGACGAACCAUUCAACCCAACGAAAGGCGCCAUUUCAUUCAUCGAAAAGGAGCCAUCAAAGGUCGAGCUCAAAGACAAGGACAAGCAAUGCAGCUACGCCGAGCUUGUGAACAACAACGACGCCCUGAAGGAUUACCUUCGUGCCGCAUCUCUUGCAAACCUGGCCACUGUCCACCAGACCGAUGCUGGUCACUGGAAUGCUCGAGGAGACCCCACCGAGAUCGCUAUUCAGGUGUUCGCUUCCCGCUUCCAAUGGAACCGACGUGCUUCUGUUUCCGGUGACAACCCAGCCAUGAAGCUUCUCGUCGAGUUCCCAUUCGACUCUGACAUCAAAAAGAUGAGUGUUAUUUACCAGGAUCUCCAGAGCAAGAAGAUGAUUGCAUACACCAAGGGAGCUGUCGAGCGUGUCAUUGCCUCGUGCACAUCGUAUUUCGCCGAGAACGACAAAGACGCUGUCGAAAUGACGGAGGAAUACCGUGAGCAGAUUCUCGAGAACAUGGAAGCCUUGGCCAAGCAUGGACUUCGUGUGCUCGCGCUCGCCAGCAGAGAUUAUGACGAAGAGUAUCAUGAUGGCAAGGAAAUUGAUCGUGCGAGUGUUGAGAAGGACCUCAUCUUCCGCGGACUCAUCGGCCUGUACGACCCGCCACGUCCCGAAUCUGCGCCUUCCGUCCGCCGCUGCCACGAAGCUGGUAUCGAGGUUCACAUGCUUACGGGUGAUCAUCCUGGCACUGCCAGAGCCAUUGCAGGCCAAGUUGGUAUUCUGCCGUCCAAGAUGUACGAGCUCAGCAAGGACGUCACCGACGCAAUGGUCAUGACCGCUGCCCAAUUCGAUGCUCUCAGCGACGACGAAAUCGACGAACUUCCCGUCCUCCCUCUGGUCAUCGCUCGCUGUGCCCCACAAACCAAAGUCCGCAUGAUCGAAGCUCUCCACCGACGCAAGAAGUUCUGCGCCAUGACCGGUGAUGGAGUCAAUGAUUCGCCAUCUCUCAAGCGCGCUGACGUCGGUAUCGCUAUGGGUCAAGCGGGCUCAGACGUAGCAAAAGACGCAUCGGACAUCAUCUUGACGGACGACAAUUUCGCCUCGAUCCUGGCAGCCAUCGAAGAAGGCCGGCGAACUUUCGACAACAUCCAGAAAUUCGUGCUCCACCUGCUCGCCCAAAACGUCUCGCAAGCCCUCGUCCUCCUCAUCGGUCUCGUCUUCAAAGACGGCGAAAAUUACUCCGUCUUCCCCAUCUCGCCCAUCGAAAUUCUGUGGAUCAUCAUGAUCACCUCCGGUAUCCCCGACAUGGGUCUAGGGUUCCAAGAAAAAGCUCCAGACGUCCUCUCCCGUCCACCAGUCAGCCUGAAACGCGGAAUUUUCAGCUUGGAGCUCAUGAUCGAUAUGAUCGUGCUAGGGAUCUGGAUCGCAGCGCUCUGUCUGACAGCUUUCGUCCUCGUGCUAUAUCCGUGGGGUGGAGGAGACAUCGGAUACCGCUGCAACGACUCGAUCGGUGACGGAUGCGACACCAUUUUCCGAGCUCGAGCCACAUGCUUCGCUUGCUUGACCUGGUUUUCCUUAUUCUUGGCAUGGGAAGUGAUCGAUAUGCGACGCUCGUUCUUCCGCAUGCAACCCAACUCCGACCGAUACUUCACGCAAUGGAUGUACGAUGUCUGGAGGAAUCAGUUCCUUUUCUGGGCCGUCAUCGCAGGCUUCGUGCUCAUCUUCCCCAUCAUAUAUAUCCCAGUCAUCAACAGGAAUGUCUUCAGACACACCAACAUUUCGUGGGAGUGGGGCAUUGUGUUUGUGGCUGCUGCGCUGUUCUUUGCUGGUGUCGAGGGUUGGAAGUGGGCCAAGAGAAUCUACUUCCGACGGCGCGCGAAGAAGGAUAGUGCUGCGGUCGAGGAUUUGGAGACUAGGGUAUUUGAGAGAUACCUGACGCAGUCGAGCAUGGACGUUAAUGAGAAGAAAGUAUAGAAGAUGGCUGGAUGGCUUUAUACGUUAGCAAUGGCGAUUUGGAAUGAUUCAUUGGGAGGUAGCGCUGCUGCUUGCAACGGCUGUUAUAUACCAGGGUAACGGCGUUCAGAGUCAUCAUGAUGGCAUGCUAGUUUCAGGCGUCAAGGCCUGCGAAAAUAGAGAUUUUGGCAAAAUGUAGUAGAAGAGCUUCAAAUUGAUUGUCCCGUCCAAGGGUAAUUUC